AUGAGUGACACAGAAUACGAGGAUCAUGUGGGAACCCCGCCGUACCGUCAGCGCCCGGCGACGUCCAGCACCGACGGCUACGGCGAAGAAGACGAGGACGACGUCGACACGCUCAACAGCAGCACCUCAACAGCGGGGCCACCGGGAUCAAGACGCACAGGGCGGUACAGACAUGUUCCGUGGGAUACAGGCUCCAACACAAGCUGUAGCUCACCAGGGAGCUCUACACAGCGUACCUUCCAUCAACGCGGUGGGACAUCGAAGCGAACGGGUAGAUAUCAUGAGAUGUUUGCAGGAAAUCGAAACUCCUCUAAUAAUAGACGAAGUCUCAGUAAUGCUAGUACAGUAGCAAGUCUUAUGGGUAGUGUACCAGAGUGGAGUCGAUCAUUUUGUUUGUUUAACCCGGUUCGAGCAGGUGCUGGUUCAAGACAUUCACUUUGUUUUAGUCAUCAAUACCUUUUUAGUGGAAAAAAUACUACACACACUGGUGGGGUUACAUCUCCUCCAUCAACUGCGUCACCAUCUGCGGGGGGUAUGUCACCAGGACAUGAAUUUCAUCGUUCCUCUGUUUCUUUCGGUACAUCACUUAAUUUUGUUCUAGGAUCUAACCAAGCAGGAGCUGAUGUUAGCCGAAGUACAAGUGCACUUUUUGUAAGCGGGCAAUUGCAUUCACCUUCAGUCUCUGCAAGCCCUUUACUAGGAGGAAAUUGGGGUGGAUGGCAAUCAUUAUUAAUGAAUACCCCAACGAGUCCAACAACAACAGCCUCUUAUGCUAUGGGUGGUGCUGCACGAUUACAUGGAAACGCAGGUAUAGUAAAUGUUUCACCAGCAAGAAAAGAAUUACCAAUGCUUUUACAAACACUUUGUUGUUACCUAAGCCUUACAGGAUCUCCUAUUAUCAGUACUAAUAUGGAUCCUCCUGUGGAUGCACGUAAAGGUCCACUUAUAGGUGUAGGUGGAUUUGCAAAAGUAUAUGCAGGUGUGGAUUGUGUUACUGGUAGGUUAAUAGCCAUUAAAGAAAUUAAUAUUGCAGAAGUUAAUGAUCAUUCUGCAUUAAAUGCUAUUGGAAAAGAAUUUGGAUUACUUAAAUCAUUACGACAUCCAAAUAUUGUUUCAUAUCAACUUUUUGAACACAGUGCUUCACAAAAAGUAUGUCGGAUUGUUAUGGAACUUCUUACAGGUGGAUCAACUUUGGGUUUAUUAGAAAGAUAUGGACCAUUACGAGAACCUAUAUUACGUAGAUUUGCUCGUCAUUUACUUCAAGCCAUAGCGUUUAUUCAUAAGGAAGGUAUAUAUCAUCGUGAUAUUAAACCUGCUAAUAUAUUAGUUAGCCAUGAUGGAGUUGUGAAACUUUGUGAUUUUGGAUGUAGUAAACGUGUUAAUGAAUUAAGUAAAUCAACAAGUUGUGUGAUCGGAACUCCAUUAUAUAUGGCACCUGAAUUUAUUAAAGGUGAAGCAAAUCAUAAAUCUGAUAUUUGGUCUAUGGCCUGUUCACUUUUUGAAUUGGGAACAGGAUUACUCCCAUGGCAUCAUGCCGGAGUUCGUGAUAAUCUUCCACUUAUGUUUUAUAUUACUACUACAAGUGAAACUCCACUUGUACUGCCCCCACAGAGCGAAAUGCAAAACUUUAGUCCAGAGUUUAUGGACUUUAUGGGACAGUGUUUCAUUCGAAAUGUGGAUCGUCGACCGGAGGCUGCAGAAUUAUUACAUCAUCCAUGGAUCACUGGUAAGCGAGUGGGAACACCAGAGAUUUCUUCUCCCAUUCCAGGAGGAAAUUACAGUCAGAAUUUACACCCAUGGACAGGUUCUUUGGAUGAAGAAGUGUUGUGUCAGCAUGAACUAGAGGAUGUGGCUGCUAAUAUCUCUGUUGAAAUGUGUAGUACAUGGUUGGGAACUAACGACAGAGCUCGUUUUUCAUCAUCACCAGCUCCACCAGUGGUCCUUCGACAAGAACAACAACAACAGCAACAACAACAAGUGGAUUUUGCUGGAAGACAUGAUGAACUUUUACAACAUACACUUGAACAUCAUCCAUUAGAUUCACAGGCAACCACAACGAAUAGUGGUUGUCCGAGUCCUGCGGUGAGUUCACGUUGUGGAGGUUUAGCUCCUAUAAGUCCAACCAUCUCCUUGGAUGCGGCAUUACAUGAUAACUUUAAUUAUACCGUUCCAUUGGGGUCAUCAGCUGGAUGUUUCGUACUUCCAUCAUGUAAUUCACCAGCCACACCACUGGUAACACCACAGUAUUUACGUAUUAAUGCAGAUGGAAAUCUCGAUUUUGCUGUUGCUGAAGAAGAUUUGGUGGAAAUGGGAGUUGAUGGAGAUGACCUUUUUGCAAGUUCUUACCGACAACAAUUUAAUCGUACACCAAGUUUCAGUCUUGCAUUUGGAACUGGUUCUCCUGUUGGGAGCGGGGGAAAUACGUUUCAGUCAUCCUCACAGCAAAACCAUCUUCAUGUUAGUAGUAGUACUAAUAAUAUAACUAAUAGUAAUGCUAAUACUAAUAGCCAUUCUUUAGGGCGUAGUCCAGCUGGACGACGUACUCAACGUGUUUCUAUGGUGCGUGAUCAAAGUCUGUCAUUAAUUUCAGGAUCUUCGUUUGCCUCCCGUGGUGUUUCUCCAUCCCGUCGCUCACAAGCCGCCUCAACAGCUUCUUUAACCACAUCGCAACAACUUCCAAGUCUGUUAGUGAUGGCUGGUUCAAACUCUUUCCAACCAGGUGCCUCUACAAAUCAUAGUAGUGACGAUGCCGCAGGAGAUAAACAAGGAGUUCCUCUAUCUGCUUCUACUUCACGUCUUCCAGAUGGUGUUAAACUUGAUGGACAUGGACGUUUACAUAUGUCACUUUCUGUACCUGCUGGAACGGCUGAGCGUUCUGUUAAUAUAGCGCUUAGUAUUGAUCCUGAGGAUGUACAGUGCAAGAUGAUUGAUCAGCGUCCAAGUUAUGUGGUUUCACUUAGUGAGGAUGUUAAAACACAACUUACAGCGAAAAUGUAUGAGUUAGCAUCUAGUGAAUCAAGCAGCCCAAGAGAUGGUCAAAUGAGUGAAAUGAUGCAUGGUCCUCGUCGUGACUAUUCUCGCAGUACAUAUGGAACUAGUAGUAUGUGUGUCUCACCCAAGUCGGUAUCACCAUCUAUUUCACCUGCACGUCGUUCAUUCGGAACUGGACCUUAUAUGCGAUACUCCCCACGACAAAAACGAGGAAGUAUUGGUAGUCGUACUGGAGGUGGUAGAACUCCUGGAAUGUAUGGAGGCAGUAACACUAAUAAUAAUAGUCCAGUUGGUUCAAGCAUAUCUGUAGCACAUUCAUCGUCAAAUGGAGGUAACAAGACACCACCAUAUUUGUAG